UGCCCCUUUGACAGGAAGAAAAUGGCGAUCUUCAGUGUAUAUGUUGUCAAUAAGGCUGGUGGACUCAUCUACCAAUACGAUAAUUAUGUACCUCGAACUGAAGUCGAAAAAACGUUCAGCUUUCCUCUUGAUUUAGUUUUAAAGAUUCAUGAUGAGAAGGUAAUUGUGUCAUUCGGACAGCGGGACGGGAUCAGAGUCGGUCAUGCGCUUCUUUCCAUUAACGGAGUGGAUGUGAAUGGCAAGUACACGGCUGAAGGAAAGGAGAUCCAGGAAUAUCUGAAAGAUCCUGCUAACUAUCCGGUGUCCAUCAAAUUCGGCCGACAGAGACUCUCAUCCAAUGAGAAGCUCAUGCUGGCUUCAAUGUUUCAUUCGCUGUUUGCCAUUGGAUCACAGUUGUCGCCUGAAGUUGGCAGCUCUGGUAUUGAAAUGCUGGAGACGGAUAUGUUUAAACUGCACUGCUUUCAAACACUCACAGGCAUAAAAUUCAUUGUAUUGGCAGACCCUCGGCAGUCUGGCAUCGAUGCGCUCCUAAGAAAGAUUUACGAAAUCUACUCAGACUUUGCACUGAAGAAUCCUUUCUACUCUUUAGAGAUGCCUAUCAGAUGUGAGCUUUUUGACCAAAACCUAAAGAUGGCUCUGGAAAUAGCAGAGAAAGCUGGGACAUUUGGACCCGGAUCCUGAACUGGACUUGCAUUGAGUGUGUUCAUCCACCUGACAGGACCUCUAGAAGUUCUGGAGUCAAACCGGUCAACAGAAAUGGCUUAAGGAUUUCCAUCCUUUCAAGCGUUUUUCCUCAAGCUCGGUUUAAGACCACUGUAACUGUCUCGUUUAUGUUCUUUUUUGAAAUGAAGUCCCACAUUCACAGUGAGACAUAACCUUUGUAAAUAAUGUACAUGGACAGUUUAAGUUUGUAAUGUGAUCAACAACAUGCUCAAUACGUUUCAUCAAAAAAUGUUUAUUGGUGUCUAUCCAAAUGAAAUGAAAUUUACUUGUAAUUUGCGUUCUGUCAACAGAAUAUAAAAGUGUACUGUAUCAUCCGUUCAGUCCAAAUUUUAAAAGAAGGUCAAACAAUAAUAUCAUGAAUAUUUAAAUCUUUUAUUUAUAUAAACUCAUUUCAUUGUGCAUUGAACAGUCACGUGAUAUAACUUACAGUUAGGUCACGUAUUUCAUCAUACACAUUACAUGAUUUUGUAAUACUAGAGAUACAGAGGUAGGACCAGUUAAAGCUCUGAAACGGAUGAAAAGUACAAGAAAUAAAUGUUAUUCUAUUAGAUUUAAUGGCAGUCAUUUACAACUACUAAAGUAUUGGCUUUAACGUGCCCUAUAAAACGAUUAAUUAGUGAGUUCUGCAAUGCAAGUAAAGUGAUGAACAAUGUAAAAUACUGUUAU